AACGGGAGUGUUGACAGGUAUGGCUUACUUUUUGCUCCUUCGUGCGCCGCUGUGUGCGGGCGACGGAAUCAGGAUCAUCCGUGAAGCCUCUGUAUGGAGAAGUUUUCGACUUUUCCCCCCAUUCCACACCACCGACCAGGAAAGGAGCAAACUCGUUGUCGAGUGACAGUGCGUACAAAAGAUUCUGACGCCAGUUCUCGAAGGAGUUCACUGUCUCAAUUAAGCACCACUGCUUUGGAGCUCUGUGUGAAUUCGCCAUACUGCUGGAUUACUCCGGACGCGUUCUGACGGUAGAAUAUUUCCACAGCGUGACUCUCUUGUCUGGAUACCGCAACGAACUCGGAGUUUAAUCCAUCUUCAGGUCGAAACGGCCGAGGUCAGGGAUCUUGGGCUCAAAAGGUUGGUGACCACUGCUCUAACGUGUGAGUGGGCAUGCUGCACACUGCACGCUCAGAAGGAUAGAGGGGGAGGAGCAGGAACUAACUAGCAGAUUCCAUCCCAGGUAGUGUUGCUACACGGAUCACAAUAUUGAGAGCGCAAACAUGGCGACGUCCCUGCUACGAAUAGGACGACUCGGGUCGCUCAAGGUGAACCAGAAGCAUACAUUGUGUAACCGGCUAGAUCAAGCAGGGAGACACUUGGAAAACGUCAGAUCGAGGCUGCACAAUGCCUACCUAGAGAACGACCAUGCCCUCCGAAAAAGCUUGCUGGGAAUGCCCCUUAGGACUGAAUUGCUUAUCAGUAAUAACAUGUCAAGAGAGCGUCCAUCGGGGAGCAUGGAGCAUACUGAGGACCCCCCCUGCUGCCUCUCUCUGCUCCAAACCAGAGGAGACCAAGACGCCGCCCGCGCCGCCCCCCCGAGCCAAAGUUCCCACGAUUUUGGGAGAGGAGGAGCGGGCCGCUCUGCUGGCCUAUAAGACGCCCGUCUCCUUCCCUGUUAAGCUCCUCCCCCCCAGUGCUUCUCCACCCGCGCUAGCAGCAGCAGCUGAGGCAGCACACUCAACAGUCCCAGAACUUGCAGUCACAGACAUCACUCCAGGGUCAUCUCCGGCAGAACCCACUAGCACCCCAGCUACCUCGGAACCCGUGGCCUCUGAAACGGUGGCAGCUCCAGAGCCAGAAGUUGCAGCUGCAGAACUUGCAGAGACCGAAGCAGCUGCAGAACCAGCUGUGGCAGCAGAACUCAUAGUGACCGAAGCAGCUGCAGAACCAGUUGUGGCAACGGAACCCAUAGUGAUGGAAGCAGCAACGGAACCAGUUGUGCCAAUGGAACCCAUAGUGACGGAAGCAGCAGCAGAACCUGUAGUGCCAGAAGUUGUGGUAGCAGCAACAGAGACCAAAGAAUCUGGGACAUCACUGGCUACUGCAGAGGAAGUGAAGGCCGAGGCAGUGCUCCCAGAAGUAGCUGCAGAGGAAGUGAAGGCUGAGGCAGUGCUCCCAGAAGUAGCUGCAGAGGAAGUGAAGGCUGAGGCAGUGCUCCCAGAAGUAGCUGCAGAGGAAGUGAAGGCUGAGGCAGUGCUCCCAGAAGUAGCUGCAGAGGAAGUGAAGGCUGGGGCAGUGCUCUCAGAAGUUGCUGUGGAAACGACAACAGCAGAAGCUGUGACCUCAGAAGCUCCAUCUACUGGUGACGCUGCUGCUGAGCCUGUCGUUGCCAUGGCAGCAGCACCUGCUGAUCAGGAUGCCUCAUCUUCCUCUUCCAGUGACUCGGACUCCGAUUCAGACUCAGACUCUGACUCAGAGACAUCUGCAGAGGCUGCAGGGAAGCCCAGUGUGUCAGCCGAGCCGAAGCCUGAAGCCCCACAAGUCCUCUCUGCAGUGGCCGCUACCCCAGAGGUUGCUAUGGAGACCUUAACUGUGGAUCCCACUCCAGCGCAGGAAGCACUGGCAGCUGCCACUGAAGCCGUAACAGAGGCCGUAACCGAGACUGUAGAAGCUGCCACUGAAGCCGUAACCGAGGCCAUAACCGAGGCUGUAACCGAGGCUGUAGAAGCCGUAACCGAGGCCGUAACAGGGGCUGUGUCUGAGGCUGUAGAAGCUGUGGUGGAAGCCGUUGCCCCAGCUGCUGAGGAGCUGGUUGAUGCCGCCCCAGUCGUAGAUGAAUCUGCCCCUGCUGUAGAAACUGCAGCCGAAGCUGCCCCGGUAGAAGCUGAAGCUGCCUCUGCUAUUGCUGAGGAUGUGGUGGACCCUGCCCCUGCUGAAGAGCUGGUUGAUGCUGCCCCUGUUGUAGCUGAAGCGGAAGCUGCCCCUGUUCUAACUGAAGCUGCCCCUGCUACUGCUGAGGGUGUAGUGGACCCUGCCCCUGCUGAAGCUGAACUCCCUGUAGAAGAGUUUGUUGAUGCUGCCCCUGUUCUAGCUGAAGCGGAAGCUGCCCCUGCUGAGCCUGCCGCUGUAGCCCCUGUGGCUGAGGCGACGGGGGCAGCUGUAGGUGGGGCAGAAUCAGGAGCAGAAGAGGCAGCUUCGGCGGUAGGUGGAGCAGAAGCAGAAGAGGCAGCUGAGGCGGUAGGUGGGGCAGAAGCAGAAGCUGGGAGCGCAGAGGAGGAGCUGGUGGACCCAGCAGCUGUGGUGCUGACGGAAGCCCCAGCCACCGAGACACCCGAGGAGGCAGAGCCCUUUGAUAACAGCUCGUACCGAAACCUUCAGCAUCAUCAGUACAACGAGUACACCUUCGCCGACAUGGACGUGGAGAUGAGCAAGUACCGCCUGCCCCAACCAUCGUCACGACGACCCUCGCCAUGACGACCCUCGCCAUAUCCCUGAACACACACACACCCUGCCCCAACCAUCGUCACGACGACCCUCGCCACAUCCCUGAACACACACACACCCUGCCCCAACCAUCGUCACGACGACCCUCGCCAUAUCCCUAAACACACACACACACACACACACACACACCCUCACACACACCCUCACACCCCCAUCAC